CAAUGGCUACGAUACAGUGAAAAGCGAACGAUCCGGACUUCAGUUUACGUGUCUGGUUGUUUCACAGCGUUUGGCAGGUUUGCUGGGUGGCGUACAGGUGACCGACCGAGCUGUGAACCGGUUUAACCAUUCUGACGGCAACAUGGAGGAGACCUGUCAAGGCUCUGUCACCUCACCUUCUGGCACUACAGCUGGGAAGUCCAAGCUGGACACAUUGUCAAAAGAGGACCUGAUUAAGUUUGCCAAGAAGCAAAUGGCUCUCUUGCAGAAGGUGAAAUCAAAAUGCUCAGAUUUGGAGAAGGAGGUGGAGAUAUUCAAAGCCAAACCCAGCAGUGUCACAGAUGAUUCCAUUUUACAGGAGCUGACAGAAAGGAUGGAUGUGGUGCUAUUGGAAAAAGCUGAAAUCCAGCAGAAUCUGGUCCUGCUUCGAAAAGAGAAUGAAAAAACAAAACAAAAGGAACAGGAUGCCUUGGAAAAGGUAAAAAGUCUUCAAGAGCAGUUGGACCAAACAAAGAGGGAGCAAUUAAAAAAAACUGAUGAUUUGGAAAAAGCACUGGACCUUGCUCGUGCCAUGCAUAAGGAGGAAGUUGAAACUUUGCAGAAUCUGCUGAAGGAAACAAAGGCAAAGGAACAGAAUGCAGAGCUGUUAAACUUCGAGGAGGCUAACAAGGAGAAGGACUCAGAGUUGGAGCGAUUGAAGGAGGCCCACCAUUUAGAGGUGGCUGAGUCAAAAAAGGAGUUGGAGAGACUUCAGGUGGAGGUUGAGAGGAUGAAAGCAGCUCAUGAGGAAGAACUGCAGGAGUUAACAGAGCAAAUGGAGGCGUCUGCAGUAGAUUUUGAGAUGGAAAGGGAGAGACUUCUUCUGCUCCAUGAUGAACUGACAGAGCAGCUGGCCCUGAAGGAGACCUACCUUCAGGAUGUCGAAGAGGAGGAAGAAGAACCCAACAGGGCCAGGGAAUACAACAGCUCAGUGUUCUCAGGAGUCUCAGCAACCAUGGUUUCAGAUGAUUUACAAGAUGAGAUGAUGCAGCUGAGGCUAGCAUUUGAAGACCUCCAGUCUCAGAAUAUUAUGCUCCAGGAAGAGCUGACAUACCUUACCAAUGUGAAGAUCAAACUGGAGUCUGACUUGGAGCAAGUCAAGGAUGAGUUCCAGCAUGAGAGGGAAGACCUUGAAUUUAAGAUCAAUGAGCUACAGAUGUGUAAGGAAGACACUGAGAAUGUAUUUGAAGGGUCUUCUGAGAAACCCCUUGUUUCAGAAGAGCAAUGGGAGACAGUUUUGAGUCAACACAAAAUUGAGCUGCAGACCUUAAAGGAGCUCCAUAAGGAAGAAAAGGCUGAGCUGGAGAAGAGCAUGCUCUUCUUGGUUGAGAAGGCAAAGGAGAAAAACAUCCAAGACAUUCAGGAGCUAAGAGUCAAGUGUGACAAGUUAUUUUUGGAAAGGAAUUUGGCAGUUGAAGAAUAUGAUAAAACAAAAGCAAUUCUCCAAAACCUGGAGCUAGAGUUGGGUAACAAGACAAAAGAUUAUAAUGGCAUGAAGGAACAAGGGGCUCUGGCUAUUGAUGAACUUCAACAGAAGCUGAGGAUUGCCUACAAGGAGAAGGAUCUCCUGCAGGAGGAAUUUAAUACCUUAAAGUUAACACUGGAGAGUUCCCAGGAGAAGGCAAGCGAUGCAAAGGAUCUGAUAACCUCUUUGGCUGACUUGCAGAGGCAGAAUGAAGAAAUCUUGACUCUCUUGCAGCAGAAAGAAAAUGUGGUAUGUGAACUAGAAGACAUGCUUUCAGUGUUGUCUUCUCAAAAGCAAGAGGUGCAAGAACAGUUAGAAAAGUUGAGGGAUGGAUACAGUGAAGAAAGGGCAAAAUCUGCUAAACUAGCAAGUAGUGUUGAGAGCCUCUCCCAAAACAGCGAAGAGAUGCAGCAGAAACUUCAGGAGCUGACAGAUGCUCUUGUGUUUGCUCAAGCAGAGAAAGAGAAAUCAAAGUCCCAGGCAGAUACUUUGAUGAGCAGGCUUGCGGCGGCAGCGUCAGAGAGAGAUCAGGAGAGCUCCAAACUGCAGGCAUUAACCGAGGAGUUGACUAAGUUGAAGGAAGUAGGAGAAGCCUUGCAGGAGAAAAUCAACACUCAUGAAGCUGCCUCUGCUGAGGAAAGAAAAGAAUUUCAGGAGACGCUGCAGUCCGUGUCUGAGGAGAGAGAUUCUCUAAAGAAGGAGAUGGAGGUACAGCAGCACCAGCUUUCCCAGGUGAGGAGUUACAUCUUUGCUCUUCUGGACCAGAGCAACAGAGACCUGGAGAGGAGCACAGAGGAUAUCCCCACACUGCUGGAAAACCUUCAGGCCCAGGCUGAGCACAACAGGCAGGAUGUGUUGCAACAGAGUGAUGCGAGGGCUGCUGAGCUGGUGCUGGCAAUGGAGCAGAAUGAGCAGCAGAAGGCUGAGCUUCAGGCUCAUGUGGAGGACCUGAUCCGAGAGAGGAGCCUCCUGAAGGUCAACCUGGAUGAGGUGGUAGCUGACAUGGAGGCCCUGCAGAGGGACCUCACCGAGAUGAAGGCCGUGAACGAAAGAGUGAAGGCAGAAAAUCAAGAGCUGCUUGUGCAGAUCGCAGAGGUAGCAGAAAAGCUGCAAUCCAAAGAAAAUGAACCUAUCCAAAGCGAGAGGCUGUCAGAUGAAGAUGCCAGCAUUUGUGAGAAGGAGGAUCUGCAACAGCUGCUGGCUGAAAAAGAAGCCCAUCUUUUACAGUUACAGCAAGAGAUCAUGCUUAUAAAGGAAUCCAAAGAUAAUGCUGCCCUUUCUGAGGAAAACCAAGCAACUCAGCUCACUGCAAAGAUAGCGGAGCUCCAAAUGGAAAAUAAGGAAAAAGAAGACAAGAUUAACAAAAUUAAAGCUGUGGCAGUGAAGGCUAAGAAAGAACUGGACAACAGCAAGAAGGAGGUCGUAGCUCUGAGACAGGAAGUGGAGGGCUUGAAAGCAGAGCGUGACCGAGUGACCAGUUCCAUGAAGGACAUCAUCCAGGGGGCAGAGGGCUACAAGAACCUGCUGGUGGAGUACGACAAACAGGCCGAGCAGCUGGACCAGGAGAGGGCCAGAGCAGAGGAGGCAGAGCGACAGAUUGGGGAUCUGACCAAACGUCUGCAAGCUGCCAUCCAGCAGCACGAGCAGCUGACCUCAGAGAGGGAGGACAUGAUGGCACAUAUGGAGACACUUCACAAAAAUGUCCAGCAGCUGGAGGCACAGGCUUUGGAGAUGCAGAGGCUCAAAAGCACCUUGGAAAAGGACCUGGAGGCAGAAAGGCUUUUAAAGGAGCAAAAAGCCAAGGACCACUCAGCUGUCAUGAAGGAGGCAGAUGACCUGAAGGCUCAGCUGCAAAAGCAAAAGCAGCAGCUACAGCAGACGGCGCAGGAGCUUGAGCAGCUCAGGAAGGAUGCCCAGCAGAGCACUCUGAUGGAUAUGGAGAUGGCACAUUAUGAGCGACUGGUGAAGGAACUGAAUCAGAAGCUGUCGGAGAAGGAUGGUCGCAUUGAGGAGCUGGCCAGCGAGAUCCAGGCCCACAAGCAGGCUGAGGAAGCGCUCCAUGAAGAGAUUGGGUCUCUAAAGUCACGUGUGGAACAAGGGGAAGAGAAGGCAUCCAAGAUGAAACAACUGCUUGUUAAAACAAAGAAGGACCUCGCUGAUGCCAAGCAAAAUGAAGUGGCUCAGAUGUCAAUCCAGGCUUCGCUGAGGGGAGAGCUGGAGGCCCAUCAACAGCAACUGGAAGAAUACAAGAUCCAGUGCAGCGAGGUGACGGCUGAACGACACCGGCUGCAGGAGCAGCUGAAGACUGUGACGGAGCAGCAGCAGCGAGCCACCAGCUCCUUCCAGCACAGGGUGAACACCCUGCAGGAGGAGUGCAGUGCUGCCAGGGCCGAGCUGACUUUGGUCACUUCCGAGUUUGAAAGCUAUAAAGUGCGUGUGCACAAUGUCCUGAAGCAGCAGAAGAACAAGAGUUCAGCCCAAAAUGAGAGCGAUUUUACAAAACAGGAAAGGGAGCACAUGGAGAGCGCGAUGGAGCAGCUGAGGUGCCGCUUACAGGACACCCAGCAGAGCCUGCAGGUGAGCUGUGCAGAGCUGCAGCAGCUGCAGAUGGAACACGACACGCUGCUCGAGAGACACAAUAAGAUGUUGCAGGAGAACGUUACCAAAGAAGCAGAGCUCAGAGAGAGGCUCCUGUCCCUGCAGUCAGAGCACAUGGCACUCAAGUCGGAGCACUCCCAGACGGUGAGCCAGCUGAGCGCCCAAGCGGACACGCUGCGCGCCAGCUUCCGGGAGCAGGUGCGCCACCUGCAGGAGGAACACAGGAGCACGGUGGAGACGCUGCAGCAACAGAUGAGCAAACUGGAGAGUCAGCUCUUCCAGCAGCAGCGGGAGCCCAGCGUGAUGAGUCCAGCACCAGCCCAGCUGGCUAAGAAGACUACUCAGGACAGGAAGGCUGCUGAAAUGGCACUCCUGGACCUGCAGUCGAUGGCACGUGAGGAAGGAGAAGGCAUGGAGACCACCGAAACGGAGUCUGUGUCCUCAGCCGGGACCCCCCAGCCCUCCCUGGAGCAGCUGCUCACAUCCCCAGAUCCCAAACAGGAACCAUUCACAUGGCAGGUGGAGCCCAGCAAGGAGGAGCUGGCCCAGAAACUGAGCACGGCCACCCGCAGCAUGGAGCACAUGAACGGCCUGCUGCACGAGACCGAGGCCACCAACGCCAUCCUCAUGGAGCAGAUCACUCUCCUAAAGAGCGAGGUGCGAAGGCUUGAGAGGAACCAAGAGCGUGAGAAGUCCGUGGCCAACCUGGAGUACCUGAAGAACGUGCUUCUGCAGUUCAUCUUCCUCAAGUCAGGCAGCGAGAGGCAGGCCCUCCUGCCCGUCAUCCACACCAUGCUGCAGCUGAGCCCCGAGGAGAAAAGCAAACUGGCAGCCAUUGCACAGGGUGAAGAGGAAUCGGCUGGGUCCAGGGGAUCGGGCUGGACCUCCUACCUGCACAGCUGGUCGGGGAUCCGAUGAGAGAUGGACACGCAGUACUGACCGCAAGAACGUGCGUCAAGGUCUAUUUGUGGCACUUGCAUCAAACAUGCCUCUACUUCGAAAGCCCAUUACUUCUCUGCACAUAUCCUUUAUGUUUUGCAGAUCUAUAUUUUUGAUAAAAUUGAUUUUUUUUUUUUUUUUU